UUUUCUGGUUGCUGUCCUUGCUCCUAUCUUCAUUAGUUUGGUUUAUUGCUGUAAAGGCUAGCAAUGAAAAUGAUGCACAGCUACAGAAAACACUCAUCAUCUUUGGUGUCAUGUUCUCAGUAUUACUGCAGGAAGUCUUUCGCUUUGCUUAUUACAAACUGCUAAGAAAGGCCAUCGAAGGUCUCUCAGCACUAAGUGAAGAUGGACAGUCACCUCUAACAGUGCAGCAAAUGGCCUAUGUGGGAGGACUGGGAUUUGGAAUCAUGAGUGGAGCUUUCUCAGUUGUCAACAUCCUUGCAGAUUCAGCAGGACCAGGGACCGUGGGCAUCUUUCAUGAUUCUCAGUAUUAUUUCCUCACGUCAGCUUUUAUGACGAUGGCCAUCAUUCUCCUGCAUACGUUCUGGAGCGUAAUAUUCUUUGAUGGAUUUGAGAAUAAGCGGUGGUGGGCUAUCAUGGCAGUCAUUGCAACACACUUCCUGGUCUCAGGACUGACAUUUCUGAAUCCAUUUUACGAGGUAAGCCUUAUUCCAGCGUAUGUGAUUAUGGUUGUCAUGGCAGCCUGGGCUUACUUCACAUCAGGGGGAUCAUUUGAAAAUCUUCAGCAUUUCUUCACACGUAAGAAACUCCAAUAGCAUUGUUGUUAUGGACUGUCUCCUGAUAGAAAAGAAAUUCACAACAAUCACUGCUGUGGGAUGACGUCCCAUCAGGAACUACACAGUGCUGGACAACAAGAGUGGAACUUAUUUCAAGUGUGAAGAUGAAUGAAGCAAUAUCAUGCCACUAAGCAUUACAAGGAACAGUUGUAAAUAGAAGAUAAUAAUUCAGCACAGGUCUACUUAAUUCUUAAGGGAGUGCUUAUGUGCAAAAGAACUUUAUAAUGAAUGGAAACAUUUGCAAUUACAGAGCUUUAUGCCAUGAUUGAUUUAGUUUUUGCAGUAGCCUAGAACUAACAUUAUUGUAUUUUUUAAAAAUAGAAAUACAUGUCUUAUUACAACCAGGAAAAUAUUAUUCUUUACAUCAUGUUUAUGCAAUGGAUAGUAAGCCAGGUGAUAUUCACGACCUGAAACUGACACGUAUUAGGGUUUUAUUGGUUUCCCCAUAAAAUCAUAUUUUGACAUUAUCAUGAGCCACAAAUAAUAAAGAAUGGUUAUUAAAUGCUUAUAACUUGCUUAAGACAAAAUCGUAUAUGGCUGUACGGUGCAGCUAAGAAUAAGUGUGGCUGAUACAAAGAUGAUGGCUAUAAUUUGAUUCUCUCCCCUUCCCCGCAUGCUCAUGGGAAGUUCACACCUCUCCAUAGAUCUACAUAAGUUUCUCCUCCUUCCCCAACCUACAACAACAACAACAACAAAAUUACAUUUGUAUAGCGCCUUUCACGUCAGGAGGAUGUCCCAAGACCUACCUUGGAUUCUGAGUAAAGAUCAAGUAAAAAAUCGAAAUUGUGAAAACUCUCUCGACAUAUUUAAACUUUGAUUAUUUAAUUUCUUGGGUAAGUGGUAGUGGUUAGCCAUGGAGAGGGAGUACUAAGCUUCUAGUAGUCUCAACAUACAGGUAGUGUAAUGCAAAUUCAAGUCAGUAGAUCUCUGGAUAACUUGUUUUGUGACGGUAAAGUGUUUCAUAAUAUUUCUCACAAAAUUGAUCUACAUAGAAGCUAAAAUUCGUAUUCCUUUUUGAUACCAAGUUUUCAAUUUUAUAGUUCUAUAUAAAUUCAACGGAAGGAUGGUUGCAGGACAUACACUAUAUCAUUCCUUUUUGACAGAGGAUAAAUGAGAGAUUGAACUGAUUACCAUGAAGAGUGACUGAGGCCAGUUGGCUUGACCUAUGUACGAUUCUGUAAUGGGAAGUUGUUGAGGCCAAAUGAGCUGAAAGGUCUUCAUCCAGAUGUCUUUUAUGAUCUUAUGAAAUGGAACUGUCAGUAUAUAUAACAUUUAUCUGUAGUAUGUAGCACUUUGUAAUUAAAGUAUAAGUUUUAUUUUUGUGACUGCA